CUUGUGCAGCAACCUAACCGCCGCCAUGAACUUCGCAACAAGUCAAUCACCCGCGCCGAACCCGCUGCAUCCCGCCCAAACAGCCACCCUGUCAGCCUCUUCCUGUCUGCAACAACACCGGCCUCUACAGUACACGCCGAGAACAACACGACAGGAUUCGCAGCAGCAGUAGCGGCAGUAGCAGCGGCAGCAACAACAACAUCUCGUCGCCAUGAACGGCAUCAAUGGCGGCAACAUGCCAGGGGGCAUGGUCCCCUUUCCCGCCCCGGCCGGCCACCAGGCCGAACUCAACUACAUCUACGGUAUGGUUGAGGAACUGAGUCGCCAGCUGGCCGAGAACCAGCGCACUCUCGAGGAAGUCGUCGCCAGCGUCGGCCGCGUGCGCAACCGCGCGAGGGCACACUCGCUGAGCAACGAGGAGCUGGUUAACUCAGCAAGUGACGAAGUCAAGGCCCAGGAAGCCAACCUCGACACGCUCAUCUCGAUCCUCUCGGAAGCCCUCGAGAAGGCCAAGUUCUCGCGCGACGCCAACGCGGCCCUCCUCAACCAGUACGCCUCGGCGCUCUCGACCAUGCUCAAGCAGUUCCACGAAUACAAGGCCAGGCACGUCGCCGACGUGGCCGCCUGGCACCGCAGCUACCGGGCGCAGCUGGCCGAGGCGCGGGCCGAGAACUGCCGGCUGCGCGAGCAGAUCUGGGAGAUGCAGGCGCGCGCCGGCCGCGCCAACGAGGCGCUGCGCCGGUUCCGCGGCCGCUACGACGACGACGCCGCCCGCUGGGACCGCCGCGUCGACGCCAAGGCCGUCCGCCAGGAGCUGCGCUUCUGGAAGCGCAUGGCCAUGCCCCACCUGCCCGACGACGACCCCUACUGGAGCGACGACGACGACCUGGUCGACGUGGCCGAGAAGAGGCGCCAGGAGGAGAUGAACCGGCUGGUCGCCGAGCAGCAGCUCGCCGCCGCCGCCGCCGCCGAGCUGGGCGAUAUCGUCGGCGGCGGACCCGAGGACGCCGAGGUGCCCCCCGAGGUGCCCUCCGCACCCGGCGCGAGCAUGGGCGGUGUGCCCAUGCAGAGGGAGGAAUCGGGUUCUGUGAUGCUUCCGAUCCCGCCGCCGAGGCCGUCCAGCGUCGCAAGCAGUACAGGAUCGUCAGGGCAGUGACGGUCAAGAGAAUUUUUUAAUUUUUUUUUUUUUUU